CUUAAAAGAGAGAUAAAAUAUAUUUUCCAGUGUAUUAUGUUGAGAUGUUUUCUGAUUCUUUAUCAGAAUAGACAUUAUGUGUGAAGCUGUUAUAGUUUAUUCGAAUUUUUAGUGACCAAAUAGUGACUUUUGUAAAGAUUUUCGAAAGUGAUUGAAUCGGAGUUCACAACACACAAAAUGGCUGACCAGGUAACGAAAGACAAACAACAACAACAACAAUCAAACUUAGAUAGUUAUUUUAAAAAUACACCAAAACAUAGUGGUAAAAGGUUACAACCAUCCAGUAGUCCCGACAACUUAUCUCCAUCUAUGCAACAAGUUGAAAAGGUAGCAAGAACAGCCAACCUUGAUUCAUCUCUCAGUGGCUCUAUCGUUUCUGAACAUGACAGUUCUGAACAGAUAAUAUCAUCCAUUGAAAAUGAAACUGUAUUCAAGCUAUCUGAUGUUGUUUGUGCUACGCUAAAAAAUCAAGAGUUUUUGGACUCCAUCAUUCCUCUCAUCACUGAAAAGGUAAUUGAAAUGGUCAAACCUAAAAUUGCACUGAUCGUUGACGAAUGUAUUCAGCCUCAUUUACUUACUAUCAAACACAAUAAAGAAGCACUUAUUUUGAAAGAUGUUGAACUUAACAAUCAAAAAGAGCAAAUAAAUUAUUUAAACCGCAAAUUAGACAAGAUCGAAGCCAGAGUCGAGGAACAGGAACAGUAUUCGCGAAGAACCAGUUUACGAUUCCAUAAUGUUCCUGCACCAACUGACGACAAAGGCGAUAUUAUCAAGCCUAUAGACACAGAUUCCCUUAUCCUUGGUAUUUGCUAUAAGCAAUUGAAAUUGAAGUUAGACACGAGAGAUAUUGGCAGAUCCCAUCCCAUAGGUGAGAUUAAAGACGGGAAAAUUUCCAUCAUUGUACGGUUCCUGUCGUAUCGUCAAAGGCAGUUGGUUUUAAGCAAUAAACGCAAAUUGAAAGGAAACACAAACAAAACUUUCAUUGCUGAAAACCUUACAAAACACAGAUACAAUCUUCUGCACAGACUUAACACAUUGCGUGAGAAAGGCAAAAUCAAUUCGUUUUGGACACAUGACGGGUCCAUAUUGAUUAAACAAUCUGAGAAUUCUCGUCCGAAAGUGGUAAUUUCUAGGCAGGACAUAUAUAAGCUUGGUGGGGAAGUCCUUGAAGGUGAUGACCAGAAAGAGGAUUAG